CCGGUGGUGAAAUCACGGGUCUCUUAUCGCGGUUUUAUCGAACGCAAAUAGAGAUAAAGAAAAUGCAUGCCACACUUGCUCUUCCGCUUUCUGCUGGGUCGUUUCAUUUCGCGGAUAAUAAUAGCAGCUAAUGGGUUGGCAUUCGGAAGGCAGGCAGCGUGCUGGUGUGUGUUUGUUGUGCUAGGUUUCGUCUUUUUGUGAUUGUCUGAUUGACCAAUAGAGAAGAGAAGAAACUCUACCUAGGGGUGGUACUUGAGAGAAGAAUGUCAGCCUACAUCGUGAUUCCGCUGAUUGUGUUUGUGCUGCUCAUCAUCUGGAUGUCUGUGUAUACAUUCGACAAAAGGUUCAACAGAACUCGAGUUCUACAGACGCGUGCAGCCGCAGCCCAGAAUCCAGCGAUAAUCUACACCAUUCCAACCAACGCCCCCGGCUUGGCGACACGACCCAACACUGGCAGCUCCAUUUUGUAUCCCAAUCGAACUACCACCUACUUCCCGCCUUCCACUGACCUGCCACCAUCCUACGAAGAUGUGACCAAGGACAGCCCCGUCAUAGUAAACUUAUCAACGACGGAAGUAACGCCGUCUUCAACGACGACAACUCCGAUCGGAACCACAACGACGACGACGACGACGGUGGCGUCUUCUUAAGAA